AUGUCUUCCACCGUGGCGGUUAACUCCGCUCCGGGACAGUCCUCCUCCCAACAAGAACCAAUAUGUUAUAACUGUGGUACACGGGGCCAUUGGGUCAUCGCCUGUCCAGAGCCCACGAGGGAUGUGCCUGUUCCUUCCAGCGGGCUUCUACGAUGGCAGUCUCAACACCAGGAACAACAAGGUCACUCGUCGGAUCGCAAUAGUUCAUCCCAUGACAAGAAGGGGCCUGUUGUCACCCGGUAUCCCUUGCCUCCUAGCCAAGGCCCUACUAUAACAAGGUACGGUCCGCCGCAACCACCGGCCUAUCCUCCUGGUGCACCACCACCUCCGCCGCCGCCACCGUCGAUCCAGGCUUAUCCUCCGGCCUCUUUCCCACCGCCGCCACCACCAACGUAUUCCGGGAGUUACCCGCCCCCGCCCCCGACUGUAUACGGCCAGUUCCCGCCGGCGGCAACGCCGCCCCCGUCGCAGUACGCACCGCAGCCUCCUUAUGGACAGCCACAAUAUCAUCCUCCGUAUCCGCCAUCCAACUACUACCCGAACGGCGUCCCUCCUCCCCCGCCUGGGGCUUAUCCUCCGCAACCUUAUUCUCAACCAGGACCUCCGCUUCCCGUGCCGCCGCCUGUACCACCUCCCUAUCCUACUAGCUACGGUGUGCCGCCGCAGCCGGAAUACCAUUACUCACCAGGUCAAAACCCACCAUAUCCUCCUCCUACCGGGUGGGCUCCGCCGCCAUUUGCUCCUCCCCACUUACCACCUCCCCCUCAAUCCAAUUCUGGAGUGAACAAGCAUCGUGGCAAGAGACAGAAUCAAGGCCCGAAGCAUUCGAAUGCACCAGGAGACAGACAUGACAGGCACAACAGAGACGAAGCAAGCGACCGAGUCGACAGGUUUGAGCGCCAUGAGAGGCAUGAUAGGCCGGGCAGGUUUGACAAGCGUGAUCGAGAUGACGGUUACGAAAAAGGCGAGCGGUUUGACAGGAACGAUCGCUUUGAGCGAAAUGAUAGGAACCAAAGGCCUGAAAGGCACGAACGACCUGCGAGGUUCGAGAGAUCGGAGAGAAACGACAGGAAUGACAAGCGUCGAAAUGUGAAUGAUUCAGAGGACCGACCCGCACCUGGACGACAAGAACGCCGAAAGGAGCCACGAACAGCCCAGCCUGAGCGAAUACCCAAGGGGCCAGACUCCAAGAAAGCAGUCCCCGAGCCCAAGGAGGAUGUAGGAAAUGGUGAAUGGGAUCCCGCAUCUGAAAAGGAUUUGCUGCGUAUCUUUCUCCAGACUGACUCUAAGCCGGCGGAUCCGGUCGGAAUUCCUCUGCCGGCGACUUAUACGGAUGAUCCCACGAUUCCACCGGCAUACAACUCCAAAUGCCUGAAGUCUCUUUACUUCAACGAUCAGAACGAAAAAGAGUUCGCAUUCUCAAUCCGGGAGACAUCAGCCUGGUCUGCUCUCAAGCUAGACCCUGUAUUCAAAUUCUAUCCGGGGAUGAUCAGGAAGCGUAUCGGCGAUCAUGAAUACACGACGCAUAUCGUUUCUGCGCCUCCUCACCCAGAAGCGAAGUUGAAGCUUCCACCGAAAUUCACAAUCUCUCAGAACCAAGGAAAAGAGACCCCGGAAAUUGAUCGAUACCGCCCACGACUUAACCAGCACCGGGAUUUCUCGCCCAGGCAUCCCGCACCUCGCGAUCUACCACCGUCGGCAGUUGAUAGAGGACACCGAGGUUACCAGCAACCCUCGAAGCGCCCUCUGGAUGACUCCUAUGACAGACGCGAUCGAGACCCUAGGGAUGCAAAGCGGCCCAGACAGAGUCUACCUCCGCGGGAUACUCCUGACCGCGGUCACGGUCGCGACACCUGCCCACCACCACCACCACCUCGUAGGCCCUCCCCGAGCCCAAGGUAUAAUCUCAGUGCCGAUCCCUGGUCACCACAGGCUGGUGAGACGAAGGCCCCAUCAACCGACCACCGCUACAAUAGGGACUCCUAUUACGAUAACAGGUCCUCGUCACCCAGGGAAGACAGAGACAAUGAGAGAGGGAGAGAGCGACCGUCUCAGUAUGCAGACAUGCGCCACGACAGCGGCUACCACAGCAGUCGAAGCCGCUCGCAGGAGCGCAAGCCUCGCACAUCCUCCUACCGCGAUGACUACAGGGACCGGGACCGGGACAGGGACAACCGACCGCUCUCGGGGCCAUACCAACAGAGGAAACGGACUCGGUCUCGCAGCCGCAGCCGUAGUCCGGCUUCGUCUUAUCUCUCGCCAGCAAGAAGCACUGCUAAGCGCAGCCGGUCUUUCAGUCGCGGUCCCAGAAGCGACCGCAGCGAGUCCCCACUCACGGCGCUGGAUAAGGAAUUGCUGGGGUUGACUGACGAGCCUAAUGAGCCUGUGAGGACAAAAGUGGCUCCCAGGAAGGUGGCGCCGAGGGUUAAGGUUGCUGCGGCUUUUGGGUGA